AUGGGUCGUGUCAUCAGAGCUCAACGUAAGGGAGCUGGUUCCGUCUUCAAGUCCCACACUCACCACCGUAAAGGCCCAGCGAAAUUCAGGAGCCUCGAUUACGGCGAGAGAAAUGGUUACCUCAAGGGUGUUGUCACCGAGAUCAUCCACGAUCCGGGACGUGGUGCUCCGUUGGCUCGCGUCGCCUUCCGUCAUCCUUUCCGUUACAAGAAGCAGAAGGAGCUCUUCGUCGCCGCCGAAGGCAUGUACACCGGUCAGUUUCUCUACUGCGGUAAGAAGGCCACCCUCGUCGUCGGAAAUGUGCUUCCCCUCAGAUCUAUUCCUGAGGGAGCUGUUGUCUGCAACGUCGAGCACCAUGUUGGUGACCGUGGAGUUUUCGCUAGAGCUUCUGGUGAUUACGCCAUUGUUGUUUCUCACAACCCUGACAACGACACCAGCAGGAUUAAGUUGCCAUCGGGAUCAAAGAAGAUUGUGCCAAGUGGAUGCAGGGCCAUGGUUGGUCAAGUUGCAGGAGGUGGAAGGACAGAGAAGCCGAUGCUCAAAGCAGGAAACGCGUACCACAAGUACCGUGUGAAGAGAAACUGCUGGCCUAAGGUUCGUGGUGUGGCUAUGAAUCCAGUGGAGCAUCCUCACGGAGGAGGUAACCAUCAACAUAUUGGUCACGCCAGUACUGUUCGUCGUGAUGCACCACCCGGAAAAAAGGUUGGUCUUAUUGCUGCAAGGAGAACCGGUCGUCUCAGAGGUCAAGCUGCUGCUCUUGCUGCCAAGCAAGACUAA